AUGGCGGCCGUCGAGGUGGCGCGGGUGAUGGCUGAGGCGGCGCAGAUGGUAGAUGAAGCCUGGAAGGAGCUGGCAGGCUCAGGCGCAGAGCCAGAAGGUGGCACAAAGUCACCGAGCUCCUUCCGAGAAAGCGUGCGGACAACAAAAAGGAAGGGCAAGUGGAAUGGUCGGGUGUCCGACCUGACCAUGAAAGAGUAUCGAGACAUGAAGUGGGGUCUGGAUGCUGGCUACAGGUCAGCACUACGCGUAGGGCCAAAAUGGAGCAUUCGUGGAUCCCUUUCCAAGCCGCUGCGAGCAAACUCAGAUGGCAUGCUUCCUACGGAUGCGGCAAAGGCGUACGAUGCUUGCUACAACACAGCGCCCAAGUUCACCAUCGGAAAGUCGCUCAUCGGGGCUGCAGACCCGCUGGCGAACAACCCAGGCCCACAGUAUCUGGUGCCAAGCACCAUGAACCCAUCUGGGCAUCCCACCAUCUGGAAGAACUCAGGAGCGAAGUUUGGAACCGAGACGCUCCAGGUGAACGAUGAGGAUGGGCCAGCGCCAGGGCAGUACGACCAGAACGCUUUUAAACACAGCGGCCAGAUUCGGAGGGCUCCAGUGUACACAGCGCAGGGUCGGGAGGCCUGGCGCGAGCCUGUAGCUGCCCCGGGACCAGUGCCGGGAGAGUACAACGUUGAGAAGUCUCUACGGAAUGGGAAGAUCACUCCUUUCAGGUUCACCAUGCAAGGCAAGACGGAGCCCCUUUCGCCAGCACGUGGCGAGAGAGCCACCAUCAAGCCAGGGCCUGGGCACUACAAGCUGCCUUCCAUCGGCGGGAAGAAUGCCUACCCACACAUCGACAAGCCGCCCAUCUGGAAGUUCUUGCAAGAGCCCCGUGGCUUGCUACCAACCUAG